AUGACCACGGGCACUUUCGAGCUCAUCCCCGGCAGCUCUAUCAACCUCCAGAUCCCCAACAUUGCCAAUGGUACUCUCUUCGAGAACCUUGGCACCACCGUCGAGGUCGUCGCUGAAGGCGGCACGAUGGAGGUCGGCGGCGUUGCCUACACCAUGCAACAGUUCCACUUCCAUCUCCCCAGCGAGCACCUCGAUGAUGGCACCAGCCAGGCUAUGGAGAUGCACAUGGUCUUCCAGAGCGCCGACAACCAGAUCGCUGUCAUUGGUACCUACAUUGGAAUCGACAACAACGCUGCCGGGGCCGCUCCCGCCGCACCCGCCGCACCGGUCGUGCCCGAGGCUGCCGUCCCUGCCGAGCCUGCUGCCCCUGUUGCCCAUGCUCCGGCCGUCCCCGCCGCUCAUGCUCCGGCCGUCCCCGCCCAAGCAGCUCCCGUCGUCCAUGCCCCGGCUGCUCCUGCUGCUCACGCCCCCGCGCCUCCUGUCGCCCACGCUCCCGCGACUCCUGCAGCUCCUGCCGUUCCCAUGGCUCAGGACCCUGCCGCCGUCGCGCAUGCCCCCAUGGCCCGACGUGGCCUCGACAAGGUGCUCAGGCGCGAGGCCGCCCGCAGCAAACAUGCUAAGCGUGCCAACGCUGUGGCUUCGCCUCUUCUCGAGACUGUCCUUGCUUCUGUUGGUCAAAUUGCCACCCCUGGUACCGUCACUCCUCUUGGUGCCAUCGACAUGACCGAAGUUGUUUCUCUCCUCACAGCCGGUGACUUGCAGGCCUACUCCGGCUCUCUCACCACCCCUCCCUGCAGCGAGGGUGUGCAGUGGCUCGUCUCCACCCAGAAGCUCAGCAUCCAGCCCCAGACCUUUAUUGCCGCCCGCGAUGUUAUCAAGUUCAACUCUCGCUUUCCUCAGAACACGCCUGGCGCGGAGAACAUCCUGCAGGUCGGCCGCCAGGGCGCUGGUGCUGGUGUCGUGGCCCCCGAGGCCCCCGCCAACGUCACCGCCGCUGUUAUCCACUAA